UCUGGGAGGCCCACCGUGUCUCGUGGCUCCCAAAAUUUCUGCGGGAGCGAAAGGGGAAGCAGAUUGGUUAUUCGCGAGCGCCCACUGAUUGCUGUCCAAAGACCAAAAAGGCGAACCGGCAUUAAUCAUUGAAUCCGCCCCGUAACUGCCCCGCGCGGCUGCUCUGCUCGCGCCCACUUUUAAGGUGGGAGCGCCCGGCGGGCGAGGGCACUAGCCCCGGGCUGCACAUCCUGCUGGCGGAUCCGGUGCGGAUUGCUCGGCGUGGUGCUGCCUCCUAGCGCGGGAAAUGCUGCGCCCUUGCGGCGGCGGUCAGUCCCUGAAGACCCAGGCUCCCCGGCUCGCCUCCUGCUUCCCAGGGGCUCUGCCCCACCGAGAUCCACCAACCGGCCAGGAUUACAGGGCGAAGUGAGAGCGCUCCUUGGGGACUUACUUAUCACAUGCUUCCUGCUGGAUCUUCAGAUAUAUCUGCAUAUUAGGUUGCCAGAGUCUUCGGCUUAAAGGGCACCAUAAUGAAACUGAAGCAAGGAUCGUUUCUGUGGUACCUCUAUCUGGAUAAACUAUAUUGCUUAUUAUCCGUGAGAAAUGUGAAGGCUUUGGUGCAGUAUUUUCACCUUCUUGAUGUGCACCGCAAGAAAACCUUGAAUGAUGUGCUAUUCUACCACUUCCUUCAUCACGUGACUGACCUGAAACGGAACCAGAUCACAAUCGUGUUUAACAUGCUGGACUGGAAUGCUGUGGGCGAGAUUGGUUUUGACCAGUUCUACAUGCUGGUUUGCAUACUGCUGGCACAGGAGAACCAUUUGGAAGAGCAAUUUAUUUUCCGCCAUUCCCGGCCUGUUUUUGAGCUGCUUGACCUGGAUGGGGAGCUGAAAAUUGGCCCAUCCAACUUCCACAUGUACAACUUUCUCUUCAAUAUUAAAAAACAGCAACUCAGAGACCUGUACCAUGACUUUGACAUCACAGGUGACUGUCGUCUUAAUUACAAGGAAUUUAAGCUGUUUACUAUCUUCUCCAUGGACAAAUACCAGGAGAGUCAGAAGGCAGUGAAAGAGGAGAAAGAAAGCUCUGCCCAAAAAUAAAGUGUCACAAGUUAAUGUGAGCCAAAGAGAGAGUCUU